AGACAGACAGACCGACCUCCUCACGGCCGUCUGCUGCCUCUUCCCACCCCUUCGCCAUGAGUCUCCUCCGCUGCUCCUUGCGAGCAGUAGGACCGACUCGCGAUGCCGGUCGGAUCUCAUCCCAAUGCCUUCUGAGACGGUCUCCUCCACCGCGUCUCUCCGCCGCUGGCCUCCGCGGCUUCAUCUCGUCUUCCCGCUCUCACUCCGGCAGUGCCGCUUCUCAAUCCCCUCCUGCACCUCUCCACCGCUCCUUCUUCUCCUCCAAUCGCGCCGAAGAUGCUGCAGCAAACAAGAGCAGCUUGCUGUCCUCGUUGUCGACCAACAAUGGCAACCCUCAACCCGACUCCCCCACCCGCAAAUCAGCAUCAGACCACCAGCCGACCUCUACCUCUUCCUCCCCCGUCUCAACUACCUCCGAAUCCACGCAGACAGAGCUUCCACACCGCCGAAGGAAACGACUAAAGGAUGAAGCUGCAGCCAGCGACGCCGAAGCCGAACAUGUCAUCCCCCCCGACGCCUCCGCACAGCUGUCGGCCUUCUCCUCCGCCCUCCCCACCACGUCCCCGCGCCGCAAAAUGGCGGCCUUUCUCGCGCUCUGCAAACCCCGGUUAUCUGUUCUGGUCGUGCUGAGCGCAAGUGCAGCCUACGGCAUGUACCCAAUUUCGACGCUCCUCGCCCUGGAUCCCUCGAUGACCCCGCUUCCGACCCUCUCAACCUCCACCCUCACAUUCCUCUACCUGACGGCGGGCACCUUCCUGUCCAGCUGCUGCGCCAACACCAUCAACAUGUUCCUCGAGCCCAAGUACGAUGCCCUCAUGUCGCGGACCCGCAACCGCCCGCUCGUCCGCGGUCUCGUCUCCCGCCGCGGGGCCGUGCUCUUUGCGAUCGCGACCGCGAUCUCCGGGCUGGGCCUGCUCUACUUCGGCACCAACCCCACGGUCACCGCCCUCUCCGCGGGGAACAUCAUCCUCUACGGCUUCAUCUACACCCCGCUCAAGCGCAUCCACGUGAGCAACACCUGGGUCGGAGCUAUCGUCGGCGCCAUUCCGCCGCUGAUGGGUUGGGUGGCCGCGGCCGGGCAGACCGCGACGACGGGCCACGACACAUGGCGCGACAUGCUCUUCAGCGAGGACAGCGUCGGCGGCUGGCUGCUCGGCGGGAUCCUGUUCGCGUGGCAGUUCCCUCACUUCAACGCGCUGUCGCACACCAUCCGCGAGGAGUACAAACGCGCCGGCUACAAGAUGCUGUGCUGGAAGAACCCGGCCAUGAACGCGCGCGUCGCGCUGCGCUACUCGGUGCUGAUGUUCCCGAUCUCCAUCGGCCUGUGGUGGGUCGGCGUCGUCGGCCACGGGUUCCUGGUCAGCAGCUCCCUCGCCAACGCCUGGCUCGUCAAGGAGGCCUACCGCUUCUGGAAGUACCAGGGCGGCCAGGGCAGCGCCCGCGGCCUCUUCUGGGCGAGUAUCUGGCAGCUCCCCGUCCUGCUGGUCGGCGGCCUGGUCACCAAGAAGGGUCUCUGGGAUGGCGUGUGGCAGCAAGCGUUCGGACAGCCCGAUGACCUCGAGGAUGAUGAGGCCGACUAUGUGUACGUGGACGAGGAGGAAGCUGCUGCUGCUGCUGCUGCUUCCACCGCCACGCAGGUGACUUCCCGGGCCUAGACCGGAUCAAAAAACAAAAUCAAAUACCAAAAACCGUGUAAAACAGAAACCAGAUAUAGAAUGAUUGGCAUGGCCUGGGGGAUUAUAUGUGAAUUUUCUUUAGUGCAUCUCAUUCUGGUCCCACUCAUUUGUUUACGUGUUAUAUUCUAGAUUCCCUGUUUUGGUUCAAUGUGGGACGGGCGUUGUCUUUUCUUUUUUUUUCAGGUUGGUUUCGAUGGCCUUCCUUGCCUUGUCUUGUAUAACAGCCGUCGCGUGGAGCUUUGAUGUUUCUUAUGUGCUUGUGAUCUUACUCUGGUGACGGACUCGGUAGAUGGAGCUAGCUGUACUAUAUCAACAGUACUGAAGGCUGCACUAUAUCCGAGUGAUGAAUGAAGUAAAGAUGUCUUUUUUCUAGA